AAGCUAUCUGCUGCAUCUUUUCAUAUUUCUGUCCGGGCAGCACGACAAUGGCUUUGACCCAGGAGUCCAUUCUGUCUUUUUUACUGGAACACGGAGGCAAAGUGAGGAACUGUGACCUGCUGAACAACUUCAGGAGUCACAUCAGCUGCAGUGAUCCCGCGGAAAAGCAGCACAAUAGAGACCUUUUCAAGAAGUUGGUGAACAGCGUCGCUGUGGUCAAACAGAUCGACGAGGUGAAGUUCGUGGUCGUGAAGAAAAGGUACCAGGACUUCGUUAAAGACUUGGCGCACGAUGUUGCGCAGAAAACGCAGUUGGAUUACAGCUUCUCGAGCCCAAACGCGAGCUUCUCGUCUCCUCAUGGAGCCGAGUCAGCCAGAGCGAUGUACGCAGACUUUGAAAACAAUAAUGUGCGCAGCCCCUCCAGCUUAAAUGGAAAUUAUUGCAGCGGUGCCAAACGUGCGCCAGUGGAGAGCCCGCAGAAAAAGAGGCAGCUAUCGAGAAGUGUUAGCAGCGCGGACACAACUACUGUCAAAGUCCUGAAUAUCUCCGGAGAUCAGGCGAGCAGAGCGGGCAGAUCUGGAGCUGUGUUCGCUGUCAUAGCGGUGAAAUCCCCUCAGAGAGCCUCUUCAGCAGCAGCAGCACAGGACGGAUCACAUUCCCAAGUGCAUCAGCAUAAAACCACCACGUUGGGAAGCAAAGUUUCUUCAAGAUCAGUGCCAGCUCUGAACCUGGCAGCUUGCAAGAAGGAUGCAUUAAGAGAAUCCCAGAGUUGGAAAAGCAGGCAGAAGGAGGACACAGGUUUCCCCCAGAUUAGGCCCCAAAGUAAGACCACACGACCAGCAGAUGAUAUCAAAGACUGUGAGUCUGUGCCUUUGGAGCCACUAGCUCAUGAGUGGUUGGUGAAGUGUGCUGCUGGACUCUGGGGACAAGUGUAUGGCCUGCUGCUCAGGGACACACGGCUGGCCCAGAAGAAAGACUUCAUGUCAGGCUUCACAGCUCUGCACUGGGCUGCCAAAGAUGGAAACGGCCAGAUGAUGCACAAGAUCCUGGACGUCUGCAAGAAAAGAGGCACUUAUGUGAACAUCAACAGCAAGGCACACGGAGGAUACACGCCUUUGCACAUCGCAGCCAUACACGGCCGCACCGAGGUGAUGGUUCUGCUGGUGCAACGUUAUGGAGCCAGUGUGAACGAGAGGGAUAAUGACGGCAAGAAGGCCUUCCACUACCUGGGCAAAGGUGUGUCGCCUGAGGUCAGAGCACUGGUGGGAGGCGUGAAGCCGAGCAGGGAGAAGGCAGAGGAUGAGGAGUACAAGGAGCAGACGAAAAGCUUCAACACCAUCAGCAAACUGUUCCAGCCUCACAUGGGGAAGAAACAAAAGACUAAGUUUGCUCAUGACUGGUGAGAUGUAGGAUAUUGAACUUGUAGGAGUUGAUACUUCUUCCACAUGAUCUUUUAUAUCUGACAUUACUAAUGCUGCAUCACUUAGAGUCUGUAACUGGAUUACAAAUGUGUUCUUAUUGCAUAGCCUUGUACAGUGUAUCACUGCUGGAUGUACUAUUUAUGACUGAUAUUUAUAAUUUUCUUUAUUCCCCUUUAGUUGGAUUUCAUGUAAUAACAGUUAGCAUGUUACUUUGCACCUAUUUAAUAUAUUUUUCUUACUAAUAUCACCAACCAUCUGUGAUAGUCACACAUUUUUUCGUGUAAUAAAUUUUAAGAUGUCA